CGACAUUGUUUUAAAAUAGUGUCAAUCACAGCUGAUUGGAAACAUCCGCCAUCUACUGGUAACUUGAAUAGUUACGGAUGUUUAUAUUGAACCCAGUCGAUCCGCUCCAGUCCGCUCGUCUUUAUGCGUGUUUAUGCUUCUCUGAGAGCAGUUGUAAUCAGUUGUAAUAAGAGGUUAUAAAUAUGAGUAAUAUUUACAUACAAGAACCGCCUACAACGGGCAAAGUGGUAAUGAAAACAACGGUUGGUGAUAUAGAUCUGGAAUUAUGGACCAAAGAAGCCCCCAAGGCUUGCAAAAAUUUUAUACAGCUUUGCAUGGAGGGUUAUUAUAAUGGUACAAUAUUUCAUAGAAUUGUAAAAGGCUUCAUAGCACAAGGUGGAGAUCCAACGGGAACAGGAGAAGGUGGUGAGAGCAUUUAUGGGCAUCCCUUUAAGGAUGAAUUUCACACGAGAUUACGUUUUUGUCGGAGAGGAUUGCUUGCUAUGGCCAACGCUGGCAAAGAUGACAAUGGUUCCCAAUUUUUCUUUACGCUCGGUGCAACACCCGAAUUACAAAAUAAGCAUACUAUAUUUGGUAAAGUCACUGGUGAAACAAUUUACAAUAUGCUCAAAUUGGAAGAUGCACUUGUAGAUCAAAAUGACAGACCUCAGUAUCCACAAAAAAUUUUAAAAACAGAGGUUUUAAGUAAUCCAUUUCAAGAUAUUGUUCCAAGAGUAGUAUCUGAAAAGAAAGAGGACAACAAAGAAAAGAAGAAGAACAAAAAGGCUGGUGUAAAGAAUUUCAAGUUACUAUCAUUUGGGGAAGAAGCUGAGGAAGAUGAAGAGGAGUCGUCAGUUUUAAAUAAACAAUAUAGUGGCAAAGGAAAAUCAGCGCAUGACUGUUUAUCUGAUCCAAAGUUAAGCUCGCAACCUGUGGUCGAACCUGCUGGACCACCAAGUAAAAAAAUCAAAGAGGAUCGCAGUAGCGAUUGGGAGAGUGAUGAUGAAACACGAACCCCAGAAGAAUUGGCUGCUUUAAAAGAAGAAAAAGAAGCUAUGAAAGAGAGAAUCAAGAAUAAGUUGAAGGAUUCUAAAAUAAUUUCCCAAUCAAAAUUGAAAACCGAGAAUGAUAAAAUCAAAGAUGAAAAUAUAAACGAAGAUGAUGAGGAAUUUUCUUUGGAAAACUAUCGACAUGAAGAACGGAAGGAAAAAGCCGAAGCAAUAAGGAAAGAAAUACGCGAUUUAAAGCGCAGCAUACAAAACGAGAAGAAAGCGAAGGAGGUAGAUCAGAAGCAACAAAUUGAGAAGAAAGAAAGUAAGUCUGAAGUAAUGAAAGAAUAUAUAGAAGCACAAGAAAAAUAUAAAAAAGCGAAGGAAAAGUUGCCUAAGAAGGGCAAAACGCGCGAAGAUUUCACAAUGGAGCUGUUCAAUCAAUUCAAAAAUAAACUUGCAAACGCUAAGGAACACACGAAAGAUGCCACGAGUUUCGAUAAGAAAAUUUCGAACGACACUGAGGAGGACGAUCCCCAUGAUGAAUCUUGGUUGGCACAUGCUUUGCAUUGUGAGGAGAAAGCACCAGUGCUCGCUAAGGACGCCAGCACAAAAGACGAUGAUUGGUUCGAGAUUUACGAUCCUCGGAAUCCGUUGAAUAAACGACGAAGAGGAGAGAAAUCUCAAAGGUCUAAGGAUGACAAAGGUGGUAGGAGUUAUUCUCGGCACAAAAAUGAUUUAUAAUUAUUAUGUAAUAUAACUGAUUAUUUCAGUUCACUUAAUUAAAUAGAACACAAUAUAUAAGUAAUUAAAUAAUUUAGUACACAAUAUAUAACGGAUGCCCAACGUUUGGCUCGUACAGCUUGUUAAUUCGGCUCACAAUUGCACUUCAAAAUAGGAGAUUACAAUAGAAUCUCGUAAUAAUGUUACAAAAUCCUUUAAAUAUUGCUUAUAUAAUGUAGAUAUCGAAACACCUAGGUUGUGAGUUAAAGUGCUUCCGCGUCUUCGUUAGAGCGUUUCUCGAUAAAACAAAAUAGAGAGUGAAUAAAAAAGGAUAAACACAGAGUCUUAGGCUGCGUUUCAAUAUGCACUGCUAGUAUUAGAAAAUCUAUAGUUCACGUAUACUAUAGAUUUUCAGUAUUUACAGUGAAUUUUGGAACAGCCUUAGUCUGGCUUAUGAUAGAAAAGUUUGAAAUCUGGCCCUUCAGAGAAACUAGUUGGGCAUCCAAGUGUAUAUAAGAAGUUAUAAAUCAUGUAUAAAUUAUUCGAUAAAAUAUACUUCCCGAAUAUCUUUAUUUUUUAAUUUAUACACAUAGAAACAUAGUAUCAUAGUUUUUUUUUAUUUUAAUGAAAUAUCCCAUUUUCUUUCUCAUUUAAUCAAUUACAAUCGAAUAGUGUUACCAAAAUACGCUAUUUUCUAUUAUAUUUUUGUGCGUUGUGUUUCAACCGGAUUUGCGACUUACUCAUUGUCAAUAAUGCAUUUGCUAAAAAUAGUGAGAGAAAGAGAAAGAGGAAGCUGACGUGUAAGAUUACGCUCUUUAUUUCGAAAAACAGGCAAAUUACUCUGACAGCUAUGCCUCAUUACGUCUCACAUGCUUACAAUAGUAUUAGAUGCGCGUGGUAAAUUCUGUGCAAAUAAACCGUCAAUCGGGAUUUUAAUUCGCAUGUAUCAAAGCGCCGAUAAGACGUUGAUACAAAGCAUAGCGUGUUCGUUCGCAGAUUCAGUCGAUCUGACGGCGGCGACCAAUACACAUCGUGCAUUUUAUUUGAUUUCACGAUAACGAAUCGAGCGCAAUUAACAUAUCUCAUCGCGAUGAGAAUAUCUUGUAUAGAUAAAUAAGUUCCGUGAAAGACGAUGUUUUUAAAAACAAAAAAAAAUUUUUUUAUCGAAAUAAGUGUAAAUUAGUUUGAGUGUAGAUUAAUACGAAGUUAAAUUAGUAAAGAGACUAUUUCAACAAAAUUGAAAAUUAUUGUGUACGUUAAUUCCGCGUGUGUAUCUCUGACAUUGUGUCACAAGCGCGAGAGUGAAGUUGCAAUUAACAUUUUUUAUUUGUAUAUGAUAAUAAUAUUAUAUAACGAACGCAAAAAGUAAAUAUCGGAGUAGUGUGUGCGCGCUUCCUAUUGUUAGAGGAGAUCUAUUCGUGUGUUCCAUCUUGAGAAGAAAACGUGGCUGCGACUUCCUGUGUCUUGUAUCUUGAGUCUUAAGCGAGCAGGUCUAUGCUGCGAUUGUUCAAGGAAGAUGUCAACGACACCUUUAAGAAUAGGUACAUAUCCCCUCGCGGGGGUUUUCACCGAUGAUUUGUCAUUGCUUUUCAUAUCAACGUGCAUUAAUACGUUAUCAAUACGGAUGAUACUGCAUUACAAAAACAAUGUAAAGGCAUUUGCUACUGCGCAUAAAUGCGUAAUGCGUUGCUCUAUCAAUUUUGCGAUGCACCUUGAACGAUGAUGAUAUUUUCAUUUGUACUUUGCAUUGUAAUAUGAUACUCAUCUUUUUUUUGAGCUAGGAACUGUAAAUGUAUAUGUUUCUAUUUUUAUUUAAUUGUAAAAAAAUGUACGUUUUUUGUUCGAUUACAAAAUGUAAAUAAUAAAAAAGAUAUUAAUAUUUAAAAUUAUAAAAUAAAA